AGAUUUAAUUCAUUACUAAGUAUUAUUUAACGGAAAUUCUCUUGUGGCCUUGUGGGAUUACAUAAACACGGAUACGAGAGAGAGAGCUCUUAUGUCCAAACCCUAGAUUUCAAGAUCGAUCUAUCUCCUUUCUCGUUACGACACCGCUCUGCUCGAUUCCUAUGAUUACUCUCUAGAUCCUUUUCAAUUCCCCCCGGAAGAUACAAAAUUUCAAUGGCAAUUUAUUACAAGUUUAAGAGUGCAAGGGAUUAUGAUACCAUUGCCAUGGAUGGUCCUUUUAUAUCCGUCGGUAUUCUCAAAGACAAAAUUUUCGAAACUAAGCAUUUGGGCACUGGUAAAGACCUUGAUAUUGUCGUCUCCAAUGCCCAAACUAAUGAAGAGUAUCUGGAUGAAGCAAUGUUAAUCCCAAAGAAUACAUCUGUCCUUAUUCGUCGAGUUCCAGGACGCCCUCGCAUCACAGUUAUCACCACACAAGAGCCUAGAAUCGAGAAUAAAGUGGAAAACGUUCAGGCUGAAACCACCAAUUUUCCUGUUGCCGAUCCAUCUGCCGCUAAAUAUCCUGAAGAUGAUUGGGACGAGUUUGGGACUGAUUUAUAUUCCAUUCCUGAUGCCCAAGAUGCCCAGCAUAUUAUUCCACGUCCUGAUCUUGCACCAGCAGACGAGAAAGUAGAUGAAGAAAGCAAAAUUCAGGCGCUGAUUGACACUCCAGCACUUGACUGGCAACGACAAGGUCCAGAUACCUAUGGGGCUGGGAGAGGUUACGGAAGGGGUAUGCCUGGAAGGAUGAAUGGACGUGGUUUUGGAAUGGAAAGGAAAACGCCACCUCCAGGAUAUGUGUGCCAUCGUUGCAAUGUCCCUGGACAUUUUAUUCAGCAUUGCCCCACAAAUGGAGACCCUAACUAUGAUGUUAAGAGAGUUAAGCCACCUACUGGUAUCCCCAAGUCCAUGUUGAUGGCAACCCCUGAUGGUUCUUAUUCCUUGCCAAGUGGCGCAGUUGCAGUUCUGAAACCAAAUGAGGAUGCUUUUGAGAAGGAAAUGGAGGGAUUGCCAUCAACAACACGUUCUGUAGGAGAACUUCCGCCUGAGCUAAAAUGCCCAUUAUGCAAAGAAGUAAUGAAAGAUGCUGCGCUUACAAGCAAAUGUUGUUACAAAAGCUUCUGUGACAAGUGUAUCAGAGAUCACAUUAUUUCAAAGUCAAUGUGUGUUUGUGGAAGACCAGAUGUACUUGCUGACGAUCUUCUACCAAACAAGACCCUCAGGGAUACCAUAAACCGUAUUUUGGAAGCUGGAAACGAUAGCACUGAGAACGCGGGCAGCGUUGGCCAUAUCCCAGAUUUGGAGUCUGCACGCUGUCCACCUCCCAAGGCUCUAUCUCCUACUACAUCUGUUGCAUCUAAAGGCGAGAAGAAACCAGUCCUUAGUAACAAUAAUGAUGCUUCAACCUUAAAGCCGCCAAUGGAUGUUGCAGAGAUCACAAGUGCCCCUCGGGCAUCUGCAGAAGUUAAUGUGGGAAAGCCAGUUGAUGCAUGUGAAAGCACUCAAGGGUCCGUGAUUGUGAAAGAAGCAACAGUUUCAAAGUUGAAUACGCAAGCCCCCAAGGAAGAAGUGCAGCAGCAGGUUGCUGCUGGAGAGCCAGGAAAAAAGAAGAAAAAGAAACCAAGAGUGCCUGGGAAUGACAUGCAAUGGAAUCCUGUGCCAGAUCUAGCAGGCACUGACUAUAUGAUGCAAAUGGGACCAGGUCCGCAGUACUUCAACGGCAUGCAGCCCGGUUUCAACGGCGUCCAACCAGGCUUCAACGGUGUUCAACCUGGCUUCAAUGGCUUUCACCCUGGCUUCAAUGGAUUUGGAGGCCCGUUUCCAGGCGCAAUGCCUCCAUUUAUGGGUUACGGAUUAAACGCAAUGGAGAUGGGAUUUGGUGGGGGUAUGAAUAUGAUGCAUCCAGAUCCAUUCAUUGCACAAGGAUUUGGGUUCCCUAAUAUACCACCACCCCAUAGGGACCUAGCGGAAAUGGGAAACCGAAUGAAUCUCCAACGUGCUAUGAUGGGCAGAGAUGAAGCCGAAGCCCGAAAUGCUGAGAUGUUAAGAAAACGCGAAAACGAGAGACGACCAGAAGGUGGGAAGAUGUUUAGGGAUGGAGAGAAUAGCAGAAUGAUGAUGAACAACGGAACUUCAGCCUCGGCAUCAUCCAUCAACCCUAAUAAAUCUAGACAAGCACCUCCUCCACCGACUCACGAUUACGACCGCCGCAGACGACCGGAGAGAUUAUCCCCAGAGCAUCCGCCACCGCGUAAAAUCAUUUCUCCGUCACGCGAAUCCAAGAGAAAAUCCGAGCGUUAUCCUGACGAACGAGAUCGUCACCGCGACCGUGAAAGGUCUCGUCACCAAGACCUAGAUCGUGAACAUGACCGUACUCGCGACCGUCGCGAUGAAGAUAGAAGCCGAGAACAUCGUCACCACCGUGGUGAAUCCGAACGCAGCCAACAUCACCACCGCAAGAGAUCGGAACCGCCGUCAUCGGAGCCACCAGCCGUCGCAACGAAAGCAGAGAUCGAUAAUAGUCAUAAGUCAAGCGUAUUCGCUCGGAUAAGUUUCCCGGAGGAAGAAACAUCGUCUGGUAAACGAAGAAAGGUUUCUUCGUCUUCUUCCACUUCUCUGACGGAUCCAUCUGCUUCGGCCUCUGCUGCUGCCGCCGUGGGAACAUCAAUUCACCGUCACAGUAGUCGUAAGGAAAUAGAAGUAGCAGAUUAUGAAUCGAGCGAUGAAGAUAGGCAUUUCAAGAGGAAGCCAUCAAGGUACGAGCGAUCACCACCGGUGGUGGUUACUGAUGUGAAUGAAGAUAAACACCGAUACUCGAAACGUGGGAAGGGAGAGAGAUCUCGAGCUUGAUUUGGAUUUUCAAACUUUGUUUUUUUCUUUUCUUUUUUGUAUAAUGAAAAACAGAGAAUGAGAAUCUUCUUGUUUUACUGUAACGAACAAAGCAGAGAGCUCUUUUGUCAUCGAAUGCUUUUUUUUAAUUUUUGUAAUGGAAUUCGAUUUCGUAACUACUUUAUUCUUAAUCUAUGAGACCAGUGAAUUUACAGUGAGAAAUUUAGUGUUUUGUUUUGACGACUAUUCAUAUCUAAUACAUAUAUUCUUAGUCA